CUUGCUUGACAGUUAUCAAAAUUCCACCCCUCUCCCUCUCUCUCGCUGGAUAUAUAAGAACACCAAUUUCAACAACAAAUUGAUUCUACAUUUUCUCCAGCUCUGUCUUCUGGUUGAUCGAUCACAAGGCGUUUUCUCGAGCUCGGAGAGAGUGAGGAGGUUUUCUUCUUUGGCAUACCAUGGCUCCAGCGGCAGCAGCAUCAGCAGACUCGAUAAAUCCAAGAGAUGUUUGCAUAGUUGGUGUUGCACGCACGCCAAUGGGUGGAUUUCUCGGCAGCUUAUCAUCUUUACCAGCCACCAAGUUGGGAUCUAUAGCAAUUGAAGCUGCACUUAAAAGGGCUAAACUUGAUCCUGCACUUGUACAAGAAGUCAUCUUUGGCAAUGUUCUGAGUGCAAAUUUGGGGCAGGCUCCUGCCAGACAAGCUGCUUUAGGUGCAGGAAUACCUAAUUCAGUGAUCUGUACCACUGUCAACAAAGUUUGUGCGUCAGGGAUGAAAGCGACAAUGCUCGCUGCACAGAGUAUCCAGUUAGGCAUCAAUGAUGUUGUUGUUUCUGGUGGGAUGGAAAGCAUGUCAAAUGCACCGAAGUACCUAGCAGAAGCAAGGAAGGGGUCUCGUCUAGGACAUGAUUCUCUUGUUGAUGGAAUGCUGAAAGAUGGUCUAUGGGAUGUCUAUUCGAACUCUGGAAUGGGAAAUUGUGCAGAGUUAUGUGCAGACAAAUAUCAAAUUACAAGGGAGGCUCAGGAUGACUUCGCUGUUCAGAGCUUUGAGCGAGGUAUUGCUGCCAAGGACAGCGGUGCCUUUGAAUGGGAAAUUGUUCCGGUUGAAGUUUCUGGAGGGAGGGGAAAGCCAUCGACUAUUGUCAAUUCGGAUGAGGGUCUUGGAAAGUUUGACCCUGCGAAAUUGAGGAAGCUUCGACCAAGUUUUAAGGAGAAUGGAGGUACCGUAACUGCAGGCAAUGCUUCCAGCAUAAGUGAUGGUGCUGCCGCCAUAGUUCUAGUGAGCGGGAAGAAGGCAUUGGAACUUGGGCUGGAAGUGAUUGCAAAAAUCAAAGGAUAUGCUGAUGCUGCCCAUGAGCCAGAAUUUUUCACAACUGCACCGUCCCUCGCAGUUCCAAAGGCCAUUUCCCAUGCCGGCUUAGAAGCUCCACAAAUUGAUUUCUACGAAAUAAAUGAAGCAUUUGCUGUUGUGGCUCUUGCGAAUCAGAAAUUGCUUGGAAUCUCUCCUGAUAAAGUGAACGUGCACGGUGGAGCCGUGGCGUUGGGACAUCCUCUAGGUUGCAGCGGUGCACGUAUCUUGGUCACGCUUUUGGGGGUACUAAAGCAGAAAGGUGGGAAAUAUGGAGUUGGAGGUGUUUGCAAUGGUGGAGGUGGUGCAUCUGCUCUUGUGUUGGAGCUCGUGUGAAGCCUGUUCUAGUCUCGAAGCGUUGAUAAGAUAACGUCGUCGGAUCACACGGGUUGGUAGUAACUUGUUAUCUUAUAUUUUACCCUGAUGAUGAUGAUAGCCUUUUAGCCUUAGGGGUCUGGAAAAGUAGAACUUUUUGUUAAUUUGUCAAAGCUUAAAGUGUAUGAUCAGAAUAAUAUGAAUUUUAUCCGCAAAGUUCCACUUUCAGUUGGUUUUUCGUAUUUAAUAAGGUGGAAGUGUAUUUUAUUGAGCUACCAGAACAAAGUGAAAUAUUCUUCCUUUGUUAUUUGGCUUUGAUUUGUUUUAGCAUAAUUCUAGGUUGUUGUUUGGAUGUGUAAUGGAAUAUUCUACCCUUUGUUUUUUUUUUU